UCUCCGAUGCGGGAAGGAUGCAGCAGGAGGCGGCUGGAAGGCUGGCGGGGCGGCUGAUGACCUUGCAGGGAUGCAGCAGGAGCCGGCGACGAGGGGCGUGCUAGAGCAUCUUCUUCCCCCGACCCAACCACAGCGUCGUCGGGUGACUUGAGAGCAAGAGAGACAAAAGCGGGAAGGGAGGAGGAGGGUUGGCAGCGGCCAAGGAAGGCUUGGUUUUGUGGCGGAGGGUGGAAUCGACCACUUUGCCCCAGUGUGUGUAUGUGUGUGAGAGAGAGAGAGAUCCUCGAAGGAAGGGAGGGAGAGAAGGAGCAGCGCAGAAGGCUGUCCACACGAGCAGCAGACUCCCGCCCGCCUGGACGCGUCUCGGGCUGCAAGCGACCGUCUGAACCCCACACCCACCCAGCUCCAGGCAGCCGCCGCCGCUUGCGCUCGAUGUUCGCCGAAUUCCGCUCCAAAGGCGACCCCUUGCGAGGCGCGGGAGGGGAGCAUGAACCGCCGGCGCUGGCCAUGAAUUGCGGCGAGACCAAAGAGAUGGAAGCUGCCGCUGCUGCUCAUUUUAACUUCUGCCAGAACCUUCUAGAACACACUGUGUCAGCUGAAAACCUCAACUACCGCCUGCAGAGGAAUUCGGGCAGCAGCUUGACCUGGCAUGAUGGGAGAAGUCAGAGGUCGGCGGGAGGAAAGACCGUUAAACUCCUUCAGCAGCCAGGAACUGAAGGCUCCCAGGGCCAGUCCUACAACCACUACGGCAUCUACCACACCAGCCCGACACUAGGCAGCCUUACCAAGCCGGUGGUGCUGUGGACGCAGCAGGAUGUGUGCAAGUGGCUCAAGAAACACUGUCCACACAAUUAUCUCAUCUACGUGGAGGCCUUUUCGCAUCACGCCAUCACAGGUCGGGCCCUGUUGCGGCUGAAUGCAGAGAAGCUGCAGCGCAUGGGGAUUACUCAGGAGUCUCAGCGGCAGGAGGUCCUUCAGCAGGUGCUGCAACUCCAGGUGCGGGAAGAGGUGCGCAACCUACAGCUCCUCAGUCAAGAGACCAGCUGCUCUCUGCAGCCGAAGUGGCUAAGAAUUCACACCGUGCAAAGCGGCAACCAGCAGGACUAAUGCAGCUCAGCCUGGGGGGGAUCUGAUCACACUGGGAAGCUCUUCCCUUGACAAAAGCAUGGGCAUGAGAAGAGAAGAGACUCCGGAGAUUUUCUGCUGGGUGAACACAGAAGAUUUCUGGACCACCGGAGGCUGCAAAUGACACGCUCCUCGAAUCUCAUCUCGUUUGGAUGGUCUCGUGAGCUUUCGUGGGCUGGUGUAACCUGGUGGCUGAGAAGCUGGGCUGUGAAUCACUCGGAGGCUUUGGUUUGAUUUUUGCCAUUGUCAUGCACUCAAUAGAUGAUCUUAGGCAACGAGGCCUCAGGGUCGGCUGCAAUAUGGAUCUCACCCCUAUUAACUGGGCUAGCAGCAUCUUUAUAAAGGAGCGACUCUCUUAUGUUUCGUAAAGGGAAAGUAACUGUCCCUAUUCAUCCCAGCAGUUGCUGCUCUCUCUCUCUCUCUCUCUCUCUCGUGCGUGUGCUCGCACGCACAUGAUACAUUGUGAGCCCUUGUGGGACAGGGGACCAUUUUCUCCUACCUUUUUGCUCUGUAAACCACUUGUGAGAACUUUUUUGUUGAAAGGCAGCAUAUAUGUAUUUUUAAUCAUAACCAUGAUGUUCACCUACCUUGCAGAGUCACAGCAAGGAUCCCAACAAGCUGUGAAGCACACAGAACCCUCAAAAGCAAAACAGAAAUGCUAGGUAGAGUGGAAAGAAUAAUUCUCCGAAACAUUCAUUCAAAUUAAUGCAUUGCCAAAUAGUACCCUGUUUCAUUUGAGCAUCAACCAGGUUUCCUGGUUACUCCGGAGCCAGGUUCACCAGGACUAAGUUUUGAUCUUCCUCUCUGUAGAAACCACCCCGGUUCCCCUCCAAAUUCCACCCCACCUUACAGGUAAUCCGAAAUGGCUCUCCCCGAGCAAUCCUGGAACUGACCCAUGGCGGGAUGGACCCUCUUGUGCAGCCUAUAAACAUCCCAGGAUGGUAGGCAGGAGAGUUUUUCCUCCUGGGAGCCUCCAGAUAGCAACUUGCCCCCAGCAAAAUCUGUAGGCAUGCAUUUGGUCCCCCUUUUCAGUGGUUGGGCUGGUUUUGCAGCCAAACCACACACACACACCCCUGCCCCUUGCUCUGGGGUUGCCCGAGGCCCAGCAGGCUGCUAAGUGGAGGCAAGAGAAAUGCGGCUCUCGGGAGGCCUCCGGAGUGCUUGUCAGUUCAGAUACGAUUCCAGCUUUUGCUCACCGAGGAGGCACUAAUUUCAUCGUAUUGCAGUCCCUUAUGAGAGAGGAGGUCUGGGUGGAUCCCAGCCCCUGAGUGCUGCGCCCGAUCUGUCAGGUACUUCGCCUGUGCAAGGCCUGUUGAAAGGAAUGGUGCUGUGGUGGGCUGGCCGGGCUGCACCUCCAACAUCCCAAGCCCACCUGCUCACAUCCAGAGUGUGCGCACAUUUCUCGCUAGAUCUUGGCAGGUGGGUGCUUGCUCAGCGCACGCAGAAUUAACAUGCAAUGCAUUCCACAGAAGGUGGUGGCGGCCUCUCAUUUAGGUGGCUUCUAAAAAAAGAAGUCGGGACGUUGCUGGAAGGCGCAUCUAGUAACUGGCUGUACAUGGAGCCUCCAUAUUCAGGGCCAGUGUACCUGAGUGUACAUAUUCAGGGCCAGUGUGCCUGCAUGCUGGGGCUAAAAGAGCUGUGGCUUCCCUGCCCUACUUGUGAGCCUCUGUCUGGUUUGAGGACAGCGCUGACCGAGCCCCCUGGGCUCAUGCAGCGGGCCGACUCGCCCUGCAAAACAGGCAUCGUUCUAUACCCAUGCAGAGCUGCAUGUGUAUAGGGGAUGCAGGGUCUGGCUCAGGAGGUGUGGGGGAGAAUGCACCCAAUGUGUGUAAGCCACAGUCUCCCUUGGGGAGGAUGCCGCUCUCUCCCUCCGGCUUGUGAGUGUCUCAGAGGUCAGGGGGCAGCCACAGCUCGUCCCAGCAGCCUGACUGCACGUGUCUCUCUGCCCUCACCCCGCCCUGCGUGAGCCAGAGCCGCGUUGCCUGCAGGCGGGCCCUUCAUCAGCCUGCACAGCUCGGGCAGGUGAACAGCCAGGCUGCAGGCAGCAGGGUUCUCAUGAACAUGGAGCGAGAGGGGAGGAACCAGCGCAGUCAGGCUGCCAGGAACUAGGGGCGGCUGAGUCUCCUUUGCCGCCCCCGGCCCCACUGCGGUCAUGAAUGAAGGUGGCUCCCUUGGAUGAGCCGCUGUCCGCGGAGUUCUCUGGCUUCCGGGUUCCAAAGCUCCCUCUGCUAAUCUGCAGGGUGUCCUCAGGCCCCCAGCCUCACCACCCAGCUGUGAAACCGCUUUUGAUUAGCUCUCCAGCAGUCUUCGCCUGGCAAGGCCAUGCCCAUGACUUGUGGGCUCUCAGAAUCCUGGCCAAGAGUCCAAAGUAGUUUGCCUCAGUCUUCUCUCUGGUCAGCUGCAACGGGGCCUCUAGAGCAGCAAGAGGACAGCUGUGCGGCCUGAGACGGAUCCUCUGGGGGGUCCCAGCGAAGCGCAUUAACCACCUCGCUGGGCUCAGGCUUGCUACUGUAAGAAUUGGAUUUUGGGUCGUCCGUGGAUUUCAUGAUUCCUGCUUCAAAAAACCCUCCCAUUGCAAGAUAUUGUAAGGGGGAGUCUCAUCGCUGUUACUUAAUAGUUACAUCUUGUUUUAACUCCACGGUUCCUCCAAGAAUUCAAGUGUGCAUAAAAGAUUCUUCUUCUGCUCCUUUCCUUUGAUCCUUGCAACAUUCUCCAAGGCAAAUUUGACUGGGAAUUUGUCACUGGCCGAAGGUUACCAAGUGAGCUGCAUGGCUGAGGCAGGAUUUGAACCAGGCUCUCCCUGCUCCUCAUCCAAGACCCAAACCACUAGACUUCACUGACUAGCUAGCAUUCUGAGAGCAUCCUGGAACUGGAACUGGGGUUUGGCUGAGGACUGGUCCUUAGACUAGUUCUGUCAUUGCCCUGGGACAGCUUUUUAAGGCUAUAAAGAGCUGCCUUUUGUGGAGUCAGGCCAUCUUGCCCAGGACUGUCUUUGCCCAGACUCCCACAGCUUCUCACCCAGCCAAUCAAAUACAGCCCAUCGGCUUAGUGCCUAGUGCUCAACAGCAUCCCUCUCUAUUCUGCAGUCUCGGGCAGGCAGCAGAAAAUAGAUUAUUGCGCCGUGAAGGGGCCUGGCAAAUGUGGCUACUCCACUGCCUUCAGGCUGGUGGAUCAUAAGUACGCGUGUAUAGACUGGCCCUCUGCAGGGAUACAGCUGAGGGCAGCAACGUGCAAAUACGGUUAUUGUCAGCUGAUCACACCAUUAAAAUAUGGGUCUGUUAAGCCAUGUGAAAAGGAGAAGAGAGGGGCAAUGGGACACACUUUUUUGUCGUUUCACAGUAUUGAAAUGUCUGGGUUGUGGAAUCUGUGACCAGGGAAGCCCUCUUUGGACAUUAUUCUGCUGGGCCUGUGUCUGAACACAGAGAUAUGUUUUUGUGCAAAUGUGUGUGCAUGCAUUUGUUUUGAGCCUGAGUACAGGCCCCCGCAAAUGCAGGAUGCAGAUAAGAAGCAUACAGCUGUAUAUGUGUGUACUCAACACAAUGUGUGAGUAACUACAUGAGUACAGAUCUGUACAUGUAUGCACUAUACAGAGAUUGCACAUGGAUUGAUCAUAAUGUAAGAACAGCCCUGCUGGAUCAGGCCCAAGGAUGCCCAUCUAGUCCAGCAUCCGGUUUCACACAGUGGCCCACCAGAUGCUGCUGGAAGCCACAGGCAGGAGUUGCAGGCACGCCCUCUCUCCUGCUGUUACUCCCCUGCAACUGGUAUUCAGCAGCAUCAUGCCUUUGAGGCUGGAGGUGGCCUAUAGCCCUCCGACUAGUAGCCAUUGAUAGACCUCUCCUCCAUGAAGUUAUCCAAACCCCUCUUAAAGACAAGUAACUAGGGCUGGAGAGCUUGUAUAUCGCAAGAUCAGUUAGGGUGUACGCAUUGCCAAGGGCGGAGGGCAGGCUUGGUUUUCUCUGUCCUAGCGUCCCCAAGUGAGCACUUUAUUUUUCUUCAUAGGCAUGAAUUGCAACCAGCUACUAUUCCCUGCCCCUGGCAGUUCCCACCCUCCCCCGCCAUUGAGAAUGAAGCUUGCUCCUAUCUGCAGAUCUCCACCUCUUCAUCUGCAAAGCCCCCAUCCUGGGCUGGUUUCUUGCACAACAUACUGUGGGAACGGCCUUUUCCGUGGAUAGGGUUUAUCAACUAUAGGAAUGCUGCAAAGUGUUCAGAUGUUAUCUGGUUCCCUCUAUAUUUAUCCCAUCCGUCUUAAGGGAUUUUUACUUGGCUGUAACUGUGCACCCAGAGUGGGUGCCUGGCAGCUGGCUGCGUCCUGCCCCACACCCCAUCUCUGUAGGCCUGGAGCCUCAAACAAUGUGCAAUGGUUAAACCACAGAGUGGGCGUGCUUUAUGCAGCGGAGACCAAUUUCUGGUGCACACCUAAAAUCAUGGUGGUGGGCAACUGACUCAAUCAAACAUCAUAGAGCAGGUCUCAAAGAUGUGUGGAGAGGCACACAUUCGUGUAUUCAUCCAUGGAAUACUCUCUCUCCACUGAUCAAGAUUCCCAUUGACCCCAAGACUGUUUAUCCACAGGACAUCAUGCAAUAACAUGUCUUUUUUUAAAAAAUCGAUGUAUUGUGUCUCAGAGAAUUGGAUUUAUAAUGAAGUACCUCUGGGCACAGGCCACACUGUGGGCUUAAAUUGGCUUAAGAAUCAUUCCCUAGGAACCCUGGGAAUUGUAGUUCUUGAAGGGAUAAACUAGGGCCUAGUUCCCACAGUUGUUUGAAUCUAGGUUUAAUGUGGAUAACUGGCAUUAGUGUGACUGUGUGAACUCAUGCUAAGGUGCUUUAUAGCCCAAGAUGAAUCUGGGAUUCCUGCCUUGGUAUGAGUUCACAAAAUCACCCUAAAUUAACCUAGAUUAGAAUGACUGGGUUAACUGGGCCUAGGAUAGAAUACGUUGGAAACCGUCUGAACUAUGCCCGUGGCAGAUAGAAGGGCUUUAAUGCUAGCCUGACCAUGGUCUAAAUCAGGAUUGUUCCCUUCUUCCAUGUGCUAUUUAUAAGGAAAGAAAAGGGAAGUAUGCCAAGCGUGAUUUGGUAGAAAUGAUGAGCCUACUUAGGCCCAAAGCAGAUAUGAUGGGAUUAAAGUCCUGUCAAGUUCAGCCCUGAAUAGAGGCUCACCGUGUCGGUCAGAUCACUCUUAGACCCUUGCCACAUGACAGUUUCCAGGAUUCCUUUAGGGAAGCCCUGACACUCAAGCCAAUGUAAGCUUGUCAUGCUGGCUGGGCCUCGGAGUGGUCCUCCUUUCUCUACUGUAUGUGGUCGUACUUGUGUGCAUUGUCAUGUUGGGUAUGGGAGGGGGGACGGGGGGAGAAAGGGGAGAGUCUCUGUCUGUUUUUUGUUCCAGGGGGGUGAGCAAGGGGAACUGGGGCGAACAGAACCACAACACGUUGUUUUUUUGUUUGGUUUUUGUACUUGACACAAAGAUCAGAAUUAAAAGAAACCAUUCUUUAAAAUUUAAACAAAGAGAAUGGGUCGGUCGAUUGUUUCUUCCUGGCUCCCGUUUUGUUUCAUUCGUGCCUUUGUAACUUUAAGCCCUGACUACUACAGUUGGGGCCGGCCCUAGGCAAAGUAUGGCUUCUAUGCUCUCCCCCCCUGUGUUCAGUAAAAUUGUAUUCUGUGAUGUACAGAAUAUAAUUUUAACUGAAUGUGGGAGAGUGGGGUUGGCCAAAGUCAUACUUGGCGACUGAAGUUGGCUGUGGCAUGGUGGGCAGUGAGGAAGGAGGCGGUUUUAAAAUCCGCAAGUCUGCCGCUGCCACCAGCAUGCGGCUGCGCAGGGUCUGUGCCCGCCAUACGCCCACCCCUGCGGCUCAUCUGGCUGCCGCACAUGCGGGACAGCGGUGGCAA